AUGACGGGAAAAAGAUGGAAGACAAGCGUCGAAAUUGCAUGUUUAGCAAUGGGGUUUUUUCUAUGGAGCUUAAAAGUAGCAGAAGGGGUAAGAUUCGAGAUAGACAGAGAAGAAUGUUUAUCCCAUGAAGUCAAGUACGAAGGUGACACUGUUCAUGUCUCUUUCGUCGUCAUUAAGGCUGAUGCCCCUUGGCAUUUUAGCGUCAAUCUUAUACAGGGACCAACAGAGGAACAGAUUCAAGAUCUUCGUAACAAAAUAAGUGAAAAGUACGAGUUUGUUGUCCACAAGAAAGGGGUUUACAGAUUCUGUUUUUUUAACAAAUCUCCUUAUAAUGAUACCAUUGAUUUCGAUAUACAAGUUGGGCAUUUUACGUACAGUCAUCAUCAUGCAAAAGAUGGUGAGCUUAAAUGCUGGUUCCUUUCAAUGAUAAACUUUUUCAAUGAUAUUUGCAGAGCCUUUUGA